UAGAAAGAAACAGGAAGCACGUGAGGUCGCCAGUGGGACGAUGAUUGGGAGCAUACUUUGCUACGUUCUUUUUCCGUUAUCACGGUUGAUAUGCAGGUUAACAGGUAAACUACAGAAGUAUGAUGACUCGGAGGAUGGCAGCCCCCCUCUCCUAGCGGACAGGAGAGGGGUACAAGGGAGUUUACUUAGCCAGGAAGAGAAGGCACUGCUGCAGAAGUGGCCAGGGGGAAGAAGUGUGUGUCAGCAGGGCGAAUUGGGAGACACAGUGACUGUUGGGCAACAGCUAGAGCCAGAGACUGUACCUACAGAAUCCAGUGGACAGGAUUCUAAGAGACAGGAGGAUCUGGACAGGUCGGCUCAGAGCGAGCAGUCUGCAGAGAAGGGCAGUGUGGUGCUGGAUUUGGAAAAGAGCCUCUCGGCACCUCCUGCUAAGGGUGCGGAGGGCAUGGGAGACCGUUUUCUUGCGGGAUGGCACUUCUCUACAGCACUGGGGGACAGGGAGGUAGUGGACUACCCAUCUUGGCAAUUUCAAGGCAUGAGCUAUUCCCCCCCUGCGGAGAUGGCACCCCUUGAAGUGGCAUGGAGAGAGUGGGAGGAUUUGUCAGGAUCACACUCUCAGGGGCUUCUUCCGCAGGAGCCAAGCCAAGAGAGUGAAGAGCAGUUUGAAUUCACAAUCAUGAGCUACAAUAUACUGUCGCAGGACCUCUUGGAAGUGAAUGCGGAUCUGUAUGCACACUGCCCCCUGGAAAUUCUGACCUGGGAUUUCCGACUGAAUAACAUCCUUCAGGAGCUGCAGAAAUGGGAACCAGAUAUCUUGUGCCUUCAAGAAGCUCAAGAGAAUCACUUCCGGGAGCAUCUUGAACCAUUCCUGUCAUCGAUGGGUUAUGAUUGUGCUUACAAACGUCGGACAGGCAGCAAGACAGACGGGUGUGCAGUCUGUUACCAGAGGACCAAGUUUUCAGUGGUCUCUGUCAGUCUUGUAGAAUACUUUAGACCAGAUACAGAACUUUUAGACAGAGACAAUGUGGGACUUGUGGUGCUUUUACAACCAAUGAUGACUGAGAGGCUAGCAGGUGGAGGACAGAGGUCGAAGGUCGGCCCCAUUUGCAUUGCCAACACUCACCUUUUGUUCAAUCCUCGGAGAGGCGAUGUCAAACUGACCCAGCUGUCAAUAAUGAUGGCAGAAAUCGACCGGAUGAUAGAUCCAUGGCAGGAGCAGGGCAGGAGCUGUCCGGUUCUACUCUGCGGGGAUUUCAAUUCUGUCCCCAACAUGCCACUGUACCAGUUUAUCCGGACUGGUCAGCUUUAUUACCAGGGACUGCCGACUUGGAUGAUUUCUGGACAGGAGGACUGUUCAUAUAAACCUUACCAAAGGAAACUGUAUGCCCCCUUGUGGCCAAACAGACUGGGAAUAACUGACAGCUGUCGCUAUGUCACUCAGUGUGAGAAGAACAAGUCAGACAAGCUCAGAUAUAGCCAUCCCUUUAUGCUUCAGUUUCGCUACUGUCAGAUUGCCUGCCAACGGCCUCAUGACCUUGAGCUGAUACAAGGGGUGACGGAUGCAAAGCCAGAACUUCCUGAGAACUGGCCACAGUACACCAGUGUAGAACACAGACUGGAUUCAGAAUCUUACUUUCCAAGAUUCAGCAAUACAAUCCGGCAUGGUCUGAACCUGACCUCGGUGUACAGCCAUUACUUCAGUGAUACAGGACAGCCUGAAGUGACGACCCUUCACUCCGGAUUCGGGGCUACAGUUGACUACAUCUUCUACACCGCAGAGCCGGUCAGCAAUGGGCAACAGGGAGGGCGAAGGCUGCUCCAGGAUGGCCCACUGAAGUUGCUUGGGCGCCUCUCAUUGCUCUCUGAGGAGGACCUUUGGGCAAUGAAGGGAUUACCUAAUGAAAUCUACUCCUCUGACCACAUUUGCCUACUUGCUAAAUUUCGCUUGGACACCAGCUAUUUUUAAACUCCACAGCCAGUGGAUAGGAGGUAUAUUUAUGAAGGAUUCAUUGAGAAAAUACUGGCACUUUAUAGAAGGAAAAAAAGAAAAGUUCUACAAAUUUUCAGAAGAGCAAUUCUCCACAUCUGUUGCAUAUACAAUUAGGAAGAUGUAUCCCUGUGUUCAUAAACAAAUACAAAUAAAUGGUCUCCAAAACCCGCAUGUAGUGCAGCAAACAGCAGGCUUGGGUGUCUGCUUUUGUCAGAAUAGGACGUUUUCAUUCAAGGUGAGAUAAUACGUUUACUUACUGUAUAUUAGAUGCUAAAAAGCACAGCAUUUUACAUUCAUUCGGAUGGAAAAUAGAUGGUCUUUUAAUACCUUUUUUUCAUAAAUCCACCAAAUAUAGAUCGUGCCUGUUGGCAACAGGUAGAAUUUGGAUCAUUUUUUAGUUUUUUGCUCUAAUUGAAAGUAUAGGGGUUUUAUUACUUGUACAUUUAGGUUGCAAAAUGUAUUCUGUAUUCAAAUACAGACGACAAAAUGCACGGCAGAAUCUGAGGUUAUGUGUACCUAAGAUGAUCAAGAGUCGUCUUAAAACAGUUUGCUAGAUUUAAGAUUUUGUUUUAAAUUUCAAAGUAAUUCUGAAGUCAGGAGGAAUAGCAGAUUUAUGGGCUUCGCAGUUUGUCACUGGAUUGUUUCUGCUCUGCAAUUUAUCAUUUACCACAUUUACUAAGAUAUUGCCAGUUUUCAGGACGUUUCUUUUUUUUUUUUUUUUUUUUAAUAGUGUUUGUUUUGUUGGCCCAGUAACAUUGGAGUAACCAUACCGUGUUAGCCAUUAAAAAGUAGCAUAUACAUUAUUUAUUUUUUGGUUGUUAGAAUUGUGUUUAGUAAACACAAUUGCACUGGGUAUUUUUUGUUGGGUUAAAACUGUUGUUCACUUAUUUUAUGACAAAGAGCAUGCAAAAUGAAUAUUUUAUUUAAAGUGAUGCAGCAAAUCUUAUUCUGAGGUUUCAGGAACUCAUUCUGAUGUCACACAGUAAACUAACUCCUCCAGCAAAGCUUAUUUUAAGUAAUCAGAUUCUGAAAUGUUUUGUGGCUCACAACUCCACUGCCGCAGUCUGUGUGCAUGAGGAACCACUUGCAAAAUAAAUAAUGUUUGCAGCUCUACAGCAGACUGUGUUAAUCAGAAUGUAACAAAACAGCAUUACGAUCUAAAAGGGUUAUAUGAGGACUGUUGUAUGCAUACCUAAUAUUUCUACAUGUAUUUAACACUGGCUUAUGAUAUGUUUCUGAAGUACUGUAUAAGGAAGUAUGUGCUUGAGGCUAACAUGAAAACAAAUAUAAUUAGCAAUCUGUUGAACCAGCUUUUCCCUUGGUGAAAAUAGUUCCCUGAUUAUGUUCAGGUCUACCUGUAGGCGUCUAGUGAAAUCAAACCACAAGACUAAUCCAGUCAAAGGAAAACAGACUUGAAAUGGUAUUGAUUUUAGUGUCUCCUAUGGUUUGAAAAAAACCCAUGCAGUGGUUGUAGAGAGGAAAUGUGUAUUUUUGUUUUGUUUUGCAAUGUUGUGCAGGGGUGCUAAAAGGCUGUUCCCUAGUCAUAUUGAAGAAGCUUUGAUGUCGUACAGCGCCAUUAAAUAUUCUUACUAGACAAGCAACACAAAUGCAGUGUCUGCAAUCCCUUCAGAAGUGAGUAGAUUUGUACAGUGGCUGGUAGAUUAACAGCAAUCAAUUCUAUGACUCUGCAGUUUACAACAGAGUGAUCUGUGGAUGCUGGAAGCAGGGAACAAUGUAUUAUUUCUCCAGUGCUUUCUUGUUACAGAUAUACCUAAUGUUAAAAACAGGCACAUCCACUGCAAUUCAACAGCGUUGCAAAUCAACAGUGUUGCAAUUCAACAGGUUGCCUGACAACCUCCGUUAAAGUCAUUCAAGCUUUUUUCUUUUGGUUAAAUUUAACAGUAUUACUUAUUCAUUGGGCAGAUGACUGUGUACCGGCCAGUUGAGAGAGUACAUGUGGUGUGAAUGGAUUGAGCCCACAGACUUGCAGUGAGUGCAGCUGACAGAACAGAUUAAUAUCAAAACAACUCUGUCCUUUUGCAAGAGCUCUUGUCCCAAGACCACUUCAUUUUAACACUUAACAGUAAAGUUAAGCAAUUUCCCACCUUUUUAAAUAAAUGGCAUUGCAUUACUUUGAUUCAUACUACAGUACAGAUCGAUAGUCACCUGGCACAGGGAUAUGCAGAUAUUGAGAAACAUUUAAAGCCUACCUUUUCUAAUGCAAAUCAACAACAUUUUGUUAGAUGAAUUGUGUGUAUGUUUGUAGGUGUUAGAUAGCUACCUUUAAGUUUAGCGUGUAUUUCCCGCCUGUCGUACAAAGGGUGUAAGAGAAAGUACACUCGACGUGAUUCGAGGUAGCCAUCAAAUAAAAACAUAUUCUACACCGCUGUCAGGCACCACGCUGUAAUCUGCAGCGUGGGGGUAGGAACAUUAAAAACAGACACAACGCUGAUAUUAACAUAACUAAUCUGCUUCUGUAGAGCCUGUUGUGGUUCAACAUUUGAAAUGCUUUGUCAGUGCAGAUCUGAGCUAUACUUUCAGCGGAAUUAAAAGUGUAAAGGCUGUGCAUAGGUUCCAAUGGGGAUGUGAUUUGUGAUUUCUUAAAACUGGACUCGACCUUACCUCACCAAAUAGCUGAUAUUUGUUCUGCCAUUGGUGCCAAUUGCUGUGUGCAUCACCAGAAGCAGGACAGCUACAAUAACAGUAACUUCAGUAACACACACCCAGUGGGUGUCAUAGCAGUACAUAUACAUGUUUGAAUGCACCUCUUGGUUUUGUUGAGAACCACAUCUGUUAUCUACUGGCAAAUGAACAAGCUUCUGUCAGCUAUUUUAAUAAUAAUGACUAUCGGCACCUUACAAAAAAUAUUGACUUCUGAGAGCUGUUAAAGACAAUGCUUGGCAGCUCCUUGCUCUGUGUUACUGUACAGAAAUGUUACAUAGAGACUUUUAACUGCAGCAGUUCUUAGAAGGAAGCAAUAACUAUUGUAAACAACUUGUGUACAAAUGUAAUUUGUUACUGUAAAAACUACAUAAAAAAAUACUUUUUAUUACC